UGAUAAACUUAUUAAAUAGUUUGAGCUUAAUGGCAUCUGAUGUCGGAAAUCUGACAGAUGACCAACUCAGGGCUGAGCUGUUAUCUCUAAAUGUCACUGUUGGCCCCAUAAUAGCAACCACGCGUUCUUUGUAUGAAAAGAAGUUACUUCAGCUCCGAAGUACAACCGGUGUAAAAUCUAACCUUACAUGUGCUUCUUCUUUGUCUGACGAUGAACUGAAGCGAAGGCUGAGUCAUUUCGGAGUCACUGUUGGUCCGAUUAAUGAAGCUACGAGGAGUGUCUACCAGACUAAACUGAAGCAAUUGACUGCAAAUAAUCAACAUACGGCGUCAAACAUAUCCGCACCACAAAACCAGCCAGCUCAAGUGAAAUCAUCUCGCAGAUGCAAUUCCAGAUUGAAAACUAGCUCGGCACAGACUGACAGUUACAACACUUCAGAUGAAGAAGAUGAAUUUCAGCGGAGUCCAUGUAUGGAUUGGGAGCAGGCUCCAAUACCUCUGAAUCCUACUGGCGGGUUUUCAUUUCCAAUGCACGGAGCGAAGAGUACAUAGCUACGCAUAAGCAAUUUUAUAACCUGAAAGUUUUUAAAGGGUUCCUUAGGAAGAUAUAAAAGGUUCUAGAGGUUUCCUGAUCUCAUUGGUGCUUCGUUUCUAAAAUCACCAUAAAGUCUUUUAUUUUGAAAUAAUGUUAAAUUUCUCGAGCUUUAUGUGGAGUUUAAAUAAAUAUAGUUUAUUUUCAAAUUGAUUAAGUUUGAUAGUAAAGUUUAUUCGAAAACCGAAUCUAAAAUCUCAUUUUUUGUCACUGUGGAUUGAUAUGAAUGUCUGCCACUUCAGAUGUGAGUUCACGUUUUCAAAAGCUCUAUAUCUGUCU